CUUAAAUUAGUGUGUGAGAGAGAAAAGGGAAUAGUGUUGCUUAAUACUACAUAUACUAUUUACACUCGAUGGAACCUAGUGCCUUUGAUAAGAUGAAAAUGGGAGCCCUCAUGGGCGGUACAGUUGGCCUUUGUGUUGGCUUCGUCUUUGGCUCGGUCACCUUGUUACGAUAUGGAAGCGGUCCUAAAGGUCCCUUUUCUAUGCUCAGUCAAUACAUGCUGGGAUCAGCAGCUUCUUUUGGAUUUUUCAUGUCGAUCGGCUCCGUCAUUCGUUCCGAAGGUCGAUAUCUUCCAGCUGGCGCCAGACCCAUCAGUUGGAACCAACCCAUGCCUAUUCACAUUAACCAACGAAAACCCACCAUCCACAAUUCUUAAUGAUGCUUUCACCCUUGUAAAGUAAAACGUUGAUCGUCUGUAUACGCUAUAAAAUUUUUGGAGAUUUUACUCUCUUCGUCUCAUUCUUUUUGUACGCCAGAACCGUUUCGUGUUAGCACUGUAG